GAACGUGAGGGUGGAUCUAUGUAAUGGUGAACUGUUAAAAGUGGGAGCGAUCUAGUUGAAGCAACGGUGGGGAUAGGGAAGCCGACAACGCGCCGGUAUAUAUGUCGAUGCAGCCAAGAGUAUAGGUACAGUUCAUCAGAAGACGAAACCUGCGCAAGAGGGUGGCUACAGAGCGAAGACUACAGCGCGAGAUCAUAUUCAGAAUUGAUACAGUCAGUGAUAAGAGAAACUUGAUCUCUUUAACGAAAGAAUAAACGAAAAAAAAAAAAAAAACGUGGAAGAGAAGUGUGUGUCGACGAGCCGUGUUGAAAAUCCGUGCCGGAUAAUUUGCAAUCGUAUCGGCAAUUAAUUUCGCCAAUUCGUUUUAUCGUUUCGAUUUCGUAAAUUGACUGUGGUGGUAACACGACAAUGAAUCUAUCGAGCGGCUCGGCGAUUUUAUGCGUUCUUCUCAUAGCGCUCCUGUCGGAAACGACCUACGGAAGACCGAACGAAUUGCAUUUGAGAUCGAGACGCAUCUCCGAUCAGAGACUCGCCGAACUUGAAACCCUUUUGGCGCUUCAAAAAGUGAAGGGCGUCGUGGUUCCCGUAGGACUCGGAAAAGUGGACCCAGCCAUUAUAGGUCGCAGACGAAGAUCCCUCUCGGAUGGCAUCGCUCAAGACAAAUUGCAAACCGUUUUGGGCUUGCUGCGCGUAGCCCGAGACGCGGAGUCAAUUCCGGAGCAUUCCGAACAAAUUCGUUCCUUGCCCUGGAAAGAAGACACGCGGGAGGAACAGUGGGAGUAUUAUCAGUUGAUUUAAUUCGGAAGCACACUCUGGAAACGAGGCGACAGUUAGGAAAGGAGGAAGAAAAAUAAAUAAAUUGCGGAAGAGGGAGAGAGAGAGAAUGUGUGUGAGAGGAGAGAAAGAAGUGACGGAGUGAGUAAAGAGGAAGUAAAAUACUUAAGAAAAAGAUACACCUAUUCACACACACACACACACACACACAUAUACAGAAAUAUUUAAUUGAUCUCUCACCUCCGUGAUCCGUCGACACAACCCAUUACUACGGACCAGCACUCCGUCCGAGCGCUUCAAGAGUUCUUUAUAUAUAUAUAUAUACAUAUGUUUAAACUUUUACGCUUACGUAAACAAUUAAAAUAAUUAUCGGAGACAAGAGAUUUACGGGACGAGAAUAUAUGAACGUUACACGCGCGCGACGUUAAAAAAGAAACGAUGCGAAAAAACGCAACAGCGGGAAAGAUAUGUCGGAGGUGUAAGAGCAAAUUAACGCGCUAAGUACACGAUUAUAGUCUCGGGAGACAAAAACAAAUGGCGUGUUCAAACUUUGUUAUUUAACUAUUCGAGGCUUAACGCGAGAACAGUAUUUUACACGUUGAUGUUGUUUCAGUAUUUGCGACACUUUUUCGCGUCCCGCAAAAUGCAUUCUCAAAUGCUGUUUCGCUUUUUUUCUUUUUUAUUUUUGUUUGUUUUUACUCGAUGGUCGGUGGCGCUAUACGAGAUACUUAGAUCGUAAUUUCGUAAGAAAGCGCGAAAUCAUUCUGACCGGCCGCUUUCCCGAUCGCGCCGGUUUCUUCCGAGAAAACACAUGUAAUCUCAAUUACUCACCAAUCAUUCAACCUUGAAAGAAAGCUGUUUGCGCUUUCGAUUUUUUUCAAAUGUGGAAUCUUACGAAACGAAUCUCAAGUGCAUCGUAUAUAAAAAUUCUGUUCGUUUGGUUUUUUUGUUGUUUUAACGCGAAGUCAAAUGAAAGUCCACCACCGAACGAUUAGUUCGACCAUUUUCGGUUUGCAAGACACGAAUCGGUUUUAUUAAUAUGUUACUUACGUAUGUAUCUUCUCACAAGUGUGCAAUAAUGACCGAUCAAGAUCGAUCGCGAGAGUCUUGAACUCUUUGUAUCGUCGCAUAAGCGCGGCACGUCUUUUGCAUUCCAUCUCGGCUAUGUAUUACGAUUACGAUUUUUAUUUAGUUCUUUUUUUUUAUUGCAACAUUUAUAGUUAUAUAAAGAUGAGGAAUUUACGUCAUACCAAAGAAAGAAAGUGUUACUUUGAUCGAUCGAUAUGAUUUUUCGCGAGUGUGUGACCAUAGAGUGUGUUGAGCGUGAAACGAACGGCAAGUUGAAGUUUGAUACGAGAUUAUUAUUAUUGCAUAAUUGCAGCGGGGAAACUAUCAGUUUCAAUUCUGUGGGCGAAUUUUAUUUAUUUGAUUAGUUUUAAUUAUUUAGAAAUUUAUAUACACAUUGCGUUUUAAGUAAUAUUUAGUUUUACUUGAGAGAUACACAAUUGCGUAUCUCUCUCUUGCGAGAGUCUGCGUUCCUUAGUUACUACGCGUAAUUAGUAGUUACCAUUUGUAAGAUAUGUUUAUUUAUAUAUUUAUUUAUUUAUUUAUCUUAUUUAUUUAUUUAUUUAUUGAAUAUUGUGACGACGUUCUCACAGAAUGUCUACGCGAGCGAGUCAAUUGAUUCUUUUUGCUACAUCAAGCACAACUCUGCACAUUUCCUCUUUCCCAUCUAUCGGACAUGUCGUCGGAUUACUUUGAAGAAAACCAUGUAUACGCGAUUGUAAAUGCAAUAAAAAUAAACAAUGG